UGUCCAUCAGACACAGCAACCACACAGGCCAGCGUUCAGCACCUGACCAUGUCGGCUGCAGCAGUAGCACGGUGCCUUCGGGCGGUACCCGCGGUAAGGGCAGCAAGAUCGAUGGUGGCUCUCUCUAGAAACAACGUAGGCGGAGUAUACCAGCAAGUGCCAGUAGCACCUGCUUGUCCGCAACCUGACCUGCUGGCGAGCCUGGUGCGACAGCUUGAUGGGUGCAGAGUUGAUGGGAUUAUGUUAAAUGCAGCUGCCCAAGGGGAUUUUCUGCCUGUUGUACCGGCGAUGGAAGCAGUCAACAGAAAUGCACGCCGACCGAAGAAAGCGAAUCACGGAAAACGACCUUGCUCGCACGUCGGGCGGAGGCGGCGGCGGCGCAGGAAGAACAUCAUCAGGAACGGACCAUGACUCUUGUCACGUUUCCAUCGAGGGGACAUGUCUGUUCGAGAGGGUCCAUUCGCUUUGAGUAGUGGCCACCGGAGCACGCCACAUGCUGCAGUUUGGGAUGGGAGCCCGCAAUAGCUGAUAUGAUCGGGGCGCUGAAGCGGGUUGAGGGUGGCGUCGCGUUGCGUUUCGUCUUCCUUCCGGAAUAUGCGUGCUACGAGUUUUAUGAUAAAACAUUUAGUGGGAUACGCAUUGGGUGUAGCUGGCGUAUUAGAUUUCUUCAAGAAAUACGCGAAGCAGGGGUGGCUACAUGAAUGUGGGGUUUGUCAACGGUGUGGAGCGGAUAGUGUGCAGUGUGAACGUCGCGAGCAACGUUUCGGCUUUGACGCUAUAGAUCAGUAACCUCAAAUCCGUAGAUGGCAGCAGCUAUUCGGAGACCGGCCAAGCGGAAGCACCAUCCUUCAGGCACAACACCGGUGGUCACUAUCGUCGGGGUAGAACAGCCGGGACCCGACCAAACCCAAAAGUUGG